UCAUUCGCGGCACCAGCGGUGCCUCGUUGCUCGCUACUCAUCAGUGAACAAGCUGGCCGCCCACUCGCCGGCCGGGCAGGACCACACUCGCCCAUCUGGUGCUUCCCCUCCGUCCCCUCCAUUCCUUGCUUUACGGACUGAAGGCGGCGGUGACUCGUUGACUAAACAGAUGAAAAAAGUUCCUUCAUCAGAGAACCGUUGCCUGCUGAACGUGACAAAAGCGGCAAGAAAGCGACUCCAAACAAUGACUGUCGGCGUCCAUGAAUGCAAAGUGUCCCUGGUGGCGGGUGUGGCUAUGCUGUUGGUCCUCCCCCACGCCCCCAGCCCCGCCCACGCCUCGUUCAUGCUGGCGCCAGAAGACAGAAGCAACUUAAUCGAUUACACCCCAACACCUGUCGAGCCCCAUUGCGAGGUGAGGCAGAUCCCGCGGUUACACACUGCUUGCAUUGCUGUGGAGACGCUGGUGUGGGAGUACGAGGAGCUGGACCCCGCCCCCAGAUUCCCCCGCAUCACCACCACCCACCAAGACCCGCCCUCCUACAGCACUACCUUCGUCUACCACACGGUGAAGCCGCAGGUGUUACAGGUGACCAACACGGCGUUCACCACCAAGCCACUACCCAUUACUAAGCUCGUGCUGGUCACUUUUACCACCCCUCUCAUCGAGACGCAGAGAUCUUGGGUGACGAAAGCAGGCUGGACCGUCACCGUCACCCACGUAACCACCGAAUACAGCACACACACCCGCACGCUGCCCCGCCCCACCAGCACCUCUGUGGUCAAGGAGUGAAAGCUGUCGUGAGGAGUGGCUCUUGGCGUGGUUUGGAUGGUUUUAAUCUGCCACAGUUCCCCCUCUCUUCAUCCUUCGGUCACUGUGUAAGAAAACGAGGAUACAUUCAGCGAUGACUAGUGAAUCACGUGUAUUUAAGUAUCUGUUGGUAUGCAGGUUUUUUUACUUACAAAUGCAGGUGUUUUAAUGUUGAAAUAGGUCACGGGAGCUUGCAUUUGUAGUUUUAAUUAUUCUUACCUGUCUUACCUUCUCAAACUGUUUAGACGUUCAAAUAAAUAAUUCAGAUUUAUUAUUACUA